GCAAACCGACCUCCUGCAAAGCUCAAUCUGUUAACUUGCCAAGUGAAAACAAAUCCAGAAGAGAAAAAAUGUUUUGACCUCAUAUCACAUGACAGAACAUAUCAUUUCCAAGCAGAGGAUGAGCAGGACUGUCAAAUUUGGAUAUCUGUACUGCAGAAUAGUAAAGAAGAAGCCUUAAAUAAUGCCUUCAAAGGUGAUGAUACCACAGGAGAAAACAACAUUGUCCAAGAACUGACAAAAGAAAUAAUAUCUGAUGUGCAGAGAAUGCCUGGAAAUGACAUGUGUUGUGACUGUGGCGCACAAGAUCCAACCUGGCUCUCAACAAAUUUGGGCAUUUUGACUUGCAUUGAAUGUUCAGGAAUACACCGAGAACUUGGCGUCCACUAUUCUAGAAUGCAGUCGCUUACAUUAGAUGUGCUGGGUACAUCUGAAUUGCUGCUUGCCAAGAAUAUCGGGAAUGCAGGAUUUAAUGAGAUCAUGGAAUUUUGUCUGCCAGGAGAUGAACUAGUCAAACCCAGUCCAAGUAGUGAUAUGAAUGCUAGAAAAGAUUAUAUUAAUGCCAAAUAUAUUGAAAGAAAAUAUGCGAGGAAAAAAUACGCUGAUAAUGUGACUAAACUACAAAACCUUUGUGAAGCAGUCAGAGCAAGAGACAUUUUUGGACUAGUUCAAGUGUAUGCUGAUGGUGUGGACCUAACUGAGAAAAUUCCAUUAGCAAAUGGUCACGAACAAGAUGAAACUGCCCUUCAUCUUGCAGUGAGGUCGGUGGAUCGGACUUCACUUCACAUAGUUGACUUCUUGGUACAGAACAGUGGCAACCUUGACAAGCAGACGUGUAAAGGUAGCACUGCUCUGCAUUACUGCUGUUUAACAGAUAAUGUUGAGUGCCUCAAACUGCUCCUGAGAGGAAAGGCUUCAAUUGAAAUAGCAAAUGAAGCUGGAGAGACACCACUUGAUAUAGCUAAACGCUUAAAGCACACACGCUGUGAAGAGCUGCUUGCUCAGGCUCUAGCUGGACGGCUUAAUUCUCACGUUCAUGUGGAAUAUGAAUGGCGAUUACUUCAUGAAGACUUGGAUGAAAGUGAUGAUGAUAUGGAUGAAAAACUGCAGCAAGCCAGCCCCAGUCGAAGAGAGGACAGACCUGUAAGUUUCUAUCAGCUAGGAUCAAGCCAGCUUCAGCCUAAUGUCGCCUCUCUGGCAAGAGAUGCUGCCAAUGUAGCCAAGGACAAACAGAGAAGCUUUAUGCCAAGCCUGUUACAAAAUGAGACCUAUGGAGCCGUUCUCAGCAGCAGCCCACCUCCAGUCCAGCCUGCAGCACCUGUUACCAAUGCACCUCCCUUGCCCCCCAGAAAUAUUGGAAAAGUUCAGUCUUCAUUUCUUGGCAGUGCUGUUCAGACAACUUCUUCAUCGAACACACUGUGGAAGACAAAUUCUUUAGGAAUGGAAAGCAUAAGCAGGCAAAGGUCUUCAUCAGAUCCACCAACUGUCCAUCCCCCUGUUCCACCAUUGCGUGUAACAUCUACAAACAUCCUCUCUUCAGCACCUCCAGCUGCAAAGACAGCCUGUGUUCUUGAAGCUUUGAACCAGCAGUCAAAACAACCAACUAUACCGCAGGCCAAACCCACGCCGCCGCCACUUCCUCCACAGCCUCCAAGUCGAAUAGCUCAGAAAAAGCCUCUUUCUGGGACUGACAAGUCAUCCAACUUAACUAACAAGAGUAAGGGGCCUGGAUCUCUGCAGCAGUCUUGUGCAGUUGAGUCUUCCUCUGCAUCUGAGACUGCUGGAUCUCAAAUUGCCCCUUCUACCAACAUAUCAGUUCCAAUCCAACCUCCAGCACCAAUGCCAAGGAAGUCCCAAAUAUCAAAAACAAAGCCCAAGAGAGUAAAAGCAAUCUAUAAUUGUGUAGCAGAUAAUCCAGAUGAGCUAACAUUUUCAGAAGGUGAUAUCAUCAUAGUUGAUGGGGAGGAAGAUCAGGAAUGGUGGAUUGGGCAUAUUGAUGGAGAUCCUAACCGGAAAGGUGCUUUUCCUGUAUCAUUUGUGCACUUUAUUGUGGAUUAAACAGCUCCCUGCAAGUGGAGAGAGAUUCCCUUUCUAGAUUUCAUUGGGACUCCCUGUUCAUCAUCAGGUGCCUCACUGGGAUAAUUCAUGACAACAUGGUUGACUCUUCAUUAUUGCAGUUCUUAAAAGUAUUUUCCAUGGGAGUUUUAUAACAACAGAGCCACUCAAAAAUUUUCAUGAUGAUUGGUGAAAGCUACAAAAACACAAGAUCCCAAAUCCAUGAAAAUGUGAAAGGCAUAUUAACAGAGCUAGAAAAUUAAUGCCUUGAAUGCACUAAUAUGUUACAUUUUAGUGCCAAUUUCAAGCUAAUAAGUAUUUAACUUCUGUGGUGAUUGUGGCUUUUGAGAUCAGUCUCAGGACAGUGAAUUGAAAAUUCAAACUUAAUUUUAAAGAAAUACAGUCUCUCUUGGUUUUACUUAGUACAUUAAAACAUUCUGAAAAAAAAAAAAAGAACUUCCCCUUGCUUGUGGCAUGGUGGAGUUUCUUCUUAUCCUUGUCCACAGCCAUCUGCAAGAUUUAUUGACCAGGGAAGGUGGGGAGAAGUCUUUUGCAAAAGAUUUCUAAAUAGCAAUCUCAAUCAUAUUUGUUUUUUAAAUGCAUGGAUGGAAAGGACUGAAAGUGAUAGAAAUCCAACCUUAUUUAAUGUCCUAGUGAUAAUCUAAGCACAUUUGAGGAAACCUGUGCAAGUACAUUCACAUAGCAUGCAUUUCUGUUACAGAAAAACAAAUCCAGAAACCUCAAAUAAGAUAGAUAAGCAUUAAGUGUUGCAAGAAAAUCCAUCUCCUACUGAAGUCUGUUGAAAAAGGGUUAUUGAUGCACAGGAACAGAGUAUCAGAACACCGAAUUGGUGAGGAAUAUGUGCUUGAAAAUGACUCUGCUUUAGGCAGCAGCAUUGGCAAGCUUAAAAUUUUGAGUCCAAUGAAAGGUCAAAACCUGCUACAUAGCAAGAGUUAAAAAGUUUCGGAUCUAAUAACCCAGUCCAAUUUUCCCAUUAGUUCAAUAGCCUAUGUUUUCUUAUGAUUGUUUGUACUGGCACAAAUGGAGGUCUGAGUACCUUUACUUUGUUAAUAGGGUUUAAUAUUUUAUACCUUUGUAAUACAAAGGAAGAAAUUAGGAAUAUUUAUCACUUUAUGGGGAAAAGAAAGAAGGUAUUAUUCUCCCUGCCAACCUCUCCUUGUGCGUAAAGUCGGGGGAAAAGCUUUAAGAUAAAGCAGUCCAAGGAAAAAAUGCAUGUGGCUGUUGGGUGUAUCUCAGUGGAAGGCUGCCUCCAAAGGCUGCUGCUCCAGAUUCCGGUAGAAUAGAUUAAACAGAAGUUGAAUCUCCUGGGAAUGGACCAGGAUACUUUUCUCUUUCCCCCAGAGAAAUGUAGUUAAAGACAAAAGGCUUUUGGUUUUCUAACCGCAACCUCCCUAUUAUGGAGAAAUGGAGCUUGUGGUAUAUAUUUAGAGAAUGCAUUUUUUUUUCCUAACUGGCAUUUUUUUUUUAGGAAAAAGGAAAAUUAUGCUGCUUUCUAUGAUUUGUGUGCAUAAACCUACCCAGGGAAUAUAAUUUUUCAUAAUGUUGGAAUGCUGGAAAUUACAGCUUCCUUGGAGCAGCAUACACAAGUAAUAUGCAUAAAUAUUCAUGAAGAUGCUUGGUUAGGAAGGUCCUCAGUUGCAUUGAAGAAAUAUUUUAGUAAUUUGAUGUGUAGAUAUUUUAAAACCUGAAAUCUGAUUACCUCAUUUUAUAAAUAUGAGGUCAUAGUUUUCUAUACUAAAUAUGCAGUUAAUAAAUAUUUUAUGCCAUACACUAACUACCCUUGAGGUAAACG